AUCGGGAUCAACUACGGCCUGUUGGGAGACAACCUCCCGUCGCCGGACAGAUGCGUCAGCCUACUGAAGUCGAGGAACGUGAACCGGGUCCGGAUCUUCGACCCGAACCAAGACGUGCUCACUGCGUUGGCCAACGCCGGCGGGAUGGAGGUGGUUCUUGGGACGCUGAAUAGCGAUCUGGAGCAGCUGGCCAGCAACCCAUCUUACGCGGCCCAGUGGGUUUCGGCCCAUGUAGUCCCCUUUCGGGCCCGUUUGAAGUUCCGGUACAUUACGGCGGGAAACGAGGUCAUCCCAGGCCCACUGGCCCAUCUCGUGCUCGACGCGAUGAAGAAUCUCGACUCUGCUCUGAAAUCGGCACAAUCGGCGGGUGAAUUCUCCGACGAAUCGAAGCCGUACGUCGCUCCGGUGGUGGAAUUCCUCGCCGCGAACGGUUACCCGCUCUUGGCCAACGUGUACCCUUACUUUGCCUACAAGAGCGACCCGACGAACAUCGAUCGGGAAUACGCGUUGGGGAAUUCGGCGGCCGGCGGCGGCGGGAAGAGGGUGGUCGACGGAAAUUUGGAGUACCUGGGUUUGUUCGACGCGAUGGUGGACACGAUGUACGCUGCGGCGGAGAAGGUGAAGGGGGAGGCGGUGAAGGUUGUGGUGUCGGAGACAGGGUGGCCGAGCGCCGGAGCUGACGUGGCGACGGUGGAUAACGCGAGGACGUAUGUGAACAACGUGGCGGCGAAGGCCCGUUCCGGCGGCGGGACGCCGAGGCGGGCUGGGGAGUGA